AACGACGUGACGCAGCAGCAGCUACGGAAAAGUCAACGUCCACGUCGUCGACGUCGUCGUCCGAUAGCUCUUCUCCAAAGCAGAAAGUUGAUCCACCACGACCUGGUCAUUUCUCUAUGGUUCGGUAAGCCGUUUUUCCUGUUCACCGGGUGUGCCAAGACAUUUUGCUUAGACCUUAAACACACUUUUGACACAACCCUCUAUACCACUGUAUACCACUUUUCUUACUUCCAUAGAAACUUUUACAUCGCCGAUGUCAUUACACUCAUGAAUGGCGUGUGCGGAAUCAUGUCCGUGUUUGGAUCUAUGCGGUACUUGUUGUCGAGUGACAUUUCGGAUUUAUACUCGGCCAUGGGCUUUAUGCCGUUUGGUCUCUUUUUUGACUUCAUGGACGGUCGUGUUGCACGCUGGCGAAACAAUUCAUCGUUACUCGGUCAAGAAUUAGACAGUCUUGCAGAUUUGAUUUCAUUUGGCGUUGCACCCGCAUCACUUGGCUUUGCAGUGGGCAUGCGCACAUACCUUGACACGGUGGUCUUGACAUACUUUGUCUGCUGUGGCAUCGCACGUCUCGCACGUUUCAACGCAACGGUGGCCUUGCAACCCAAAGACGUAACUGGCAAAAUCUCGUUUUUCGAAGGCACGCCUAUACCUACUUCGCUGUCACUUGUCGCAAUCAUUGCGUAUCUGGUGAUGAACAAUCAGUAUUUGGACGCACUUCCCGGUCAGAUCAUCCAGCUUGCUCCGACCUGGGACAUGCAUCCACUCGUGCUCAUUUAUGCACUCAGUGGCACGCUCAUGGUCAGCAAAACCCUGCGUAUCCCAAAGCCUUGAUUUAUGCCGUAUAAAUUUUUUCUUUUCUUCUCAUUGUUGUGUGACACAUAUAAAAUCGUUGCUCCGUUGAAUUGUUGUACAGUACAAUAAACAAACCCUCUCUUUUCAUGUUUACAUGUGAAUAUCACUAAUACUUUUAUUAUUAUAAAUAAGUUUAUUACUAGGGUU